AUGACGUCGAAAGGAGAUGGAAUAGAUUUUCGUUGUGGAGGUACCCUAAUAAAUGCCAGAUAUAUACUCACCGCAGCACAUUGUAUUAUAAAUACUAUGUCUAUAAUUGGAGUUAGGCUAGGAGAAUACGAUUUACGAAACACGGAGGACUGCGAAGAAGGAUACUGCGCUCCAAAAGUGCAAGAUUUCCGAGCGGAAAAGAUGAUGAUUCAUCCAAACUAUAACAAACGGACAUACAAAAAUGAUAUAGCGUUGAUAAGGUUAGACUAUAAUGCAAAUUUUAGUUAUUCCAAUAUUAAACCGAUAUGUCUUCCGGUGAGCGAAAUUAAUGACGACCUAACGGGAAAAUCGGCUAUCGUCUCCGGAUGGGGUGCUACGGAAAAAGAUUACAAAAGCCCAAUACUUCUCAAAGUAUCAGUACCCGUGUUGUCACUGUCUGUUUGCCAUAAAGUGUACCAACAGUUUGCUCCAAUUACGGAUCAGCAAAUAUGUGCCGGUGGAUACAAUGGUAGAGACUCAUGUGGAGGAGACAGCGGUGGACCGAUGAAGUAUGUCGGACUUGUUGACGGCUCGCCUAGAUACAUACAGUACGGAAUUUUAUCAUUUGGCCCGAGACAAUGCGGUGCCGAUGGGCAACCGGGUAUUUACACCAGGGUUGGGAGUUAUAUCCAAUGGAUUUUGGACAACAUGGAAGAAUGAUUGUCGUUUUCAUAUUAGUACGUUAAUGAAAUGUUAAAAAGAAAUAUUUUCACUUUGGAUCCCAAAUUCUCAAGAUUUGUCAGACAUUUUCGUAAUGAUUGAACUUCGUAAAUGCGUGUUAUGAUUUCAAAAAGAUAACUUCGUUAAAAUGCCGCCUCCAAACUUCUUCUGUCAGCAGCCUGGUUGGUUGUUAAAUGCCGCAUUAAUUUAAUUCGAGAUUUUGAUUAUCGUGCACCUGCAUGUCGUUUUCAAAACUUUUUAAUCAUAUUCUGAGCAUAGACAAUACCUCUGCGCCAUGCAUUUCAUUGGACACGUGCAGCAGCUUGAAAAGUUGUGAAUCGAACCUAAAUUUGAAUUAACAUUGCGAAACGCCUUAUGGCGAGAUGCGUUAAAAUUCCUGCGGAAUCGAGAAUGUGGUUUGGACCUUUAAAUUCCUAUAUGUUGUUUUGCUACCGAGUCUAGUCUAGACGAUUAUUGAUGCGUAGAAAUGCCCACGAUUUGUUUACCGCUCCUGGAAGUUUCAACUUACAUGAAAAGGUAAUCCAUCAACAUCUAGUUCUUUCAACCAUGUCGCAACCAUAAUCUAGAAAAUGGAACAGUUGGACAGAGCGUUCCUCAAUUCAGAAUUGGACUAUUUAGAAUUUUUUGCAACAAAAAUAUCAAGUAGUAAGGAAAAUAGAUCAACGAUUGUUUAGCAAGA